CCCCGCCGAUCUACUAUCAAAUGUUUUCCACGGAAUUGCUCGCGCCGCUAUUUACGGGAGGGAGUCUACUGACAGAUGAACGAGAUGCACGAGUAAAAAGUUAAAGAGGUUUUGUCGGGGGAAACGCAUCUGAGCGGCGGCGGGAUUAUUUCUCACUAUCCUCCGGUCCAGGAAGUUCCCUUGGGGGUUAUUAUGGCUUCAGGCGCCGGUAAGGCUGCACAACCCCCCGGGCCGGGCUCCGCCGUUAACGGGACUGCGGCAGACUUCCCGAACAUCGAGCAGGAGCUGUACGACUACCAGAUGCACAGCAAGAUGUGCAAGAAGAUCGCGCAGCUCACAAAGGUAAUUUAUUCUUUGAAUACUAAGAAUGAGGAGCAAGAGGUGGCCCUGCAGGCGCUGAACCGCGCCCACCAGGAAGAGCUGCACCGCAUUAUCAUGGACACAUGUCACGAAGGGGAGGGGUCAGUGCUUAGGACACGCCUCCUAGAACUGCAGGAGUCUCUUGAGGAGCAGCAAAGGGUUGGAGCCCAGGUGCAGGCAGACUUUGAGAGCUUCCGUGCCCAGGCGGAGGAGAGGGAGCGCGAGACUGUGGCCGAGCUGAGAAAGGGGUAUGAGGAGAAGCUCCAGGCCGCAGUCGAGAAGCUCCAAGAAGCGAAGGCUCAGCUUAGUGCUGCCCAGGAUGAGAGCCUGCAGCUGGGUGAAGAACUGGAGAAGGCUGGGGAGCAGGUCCAAGAGUUGGAUGCUCAGUGUGAGCAACUACGGAAAGCUGCUGAGGAGGAGGAGAAAAAGAAAGAAGAGGAGAGAACGCCAGAGGAGAAGGAUGACUUUGAGGGAGGGAAAGCCCUCUUGGAGGAGGUGAAAGCACUGAAGGAAGGGAGGGAGCAAGCAGAGGAGGAGAAGAGGAAGGCAGUGAAAGAGGAACGGGACGGCUGGGAACGAAAGAUGAACGCCCUGAGAGAGGAGAAAGAGGAGAUGAGGAAGAGAAUGGAGGCAGAGAGGAGGGAGGAGCGGCGCAGGUGGGAAGAAAGAGAGGAGGAGGAGAAGAAAGGGAUGCACAGCGCUUUGAGGGAAAGAGUGAAGAGGGCGGAGGCAGAAGUGGAAAGUCACCUGGAGAGGCUUGAUGAAAGCAAGAGAAACACUCUCAAACUGCAGGAGCGAAUACAGGACUUAGAGGAGGAGCUGGAGCUGGGCCGGAGGCGUGUCGCUGAGGCAGAGGGUGCAGCUAAGCGGGCAGAGGAGGAGCUAGCCGUCGCCAAGGAGAGGCUGCUCCUGCAGGAGGACGAGCUGCAGAGCAGGGCAGCGGAACUGCUGAGCCGUGGUGGCUGUGAGGUGUGUGUGUGUGCUGAGGUGGAUGAGCUGAGGAGUCAGGUGAGCCGUCUGCAGAGCAGGAACAGAGAGCUGGAGCUGCAGAGCAGUGGUAGAAACAGUGACCACGCCCGGCAGAUACGCCAGCAUGCAGAGGCUCUGUCCAGUUUGCGCUCUGAGAUGGUGAGAGCUCAGACGGAGGAGCUGAGGCGUGUUCAAAAACAUGCAGACGACGAGAGGGAUAAACUGCAGAAAGACAUAGAUAAGGAGAGGGAGACCAUGCAGCGGGAGAGAGAACAAGAGAAGGAUCAGUUCGAGAAAGACCGAAACAGACUCCGCAAGGAGAGAGAAGAGGACAAGGAGGCGCUCCGCAAAGAAAUGGAAGAGGUCAAAGAGCGUCUGAGGAGAGAGAAGGAGGACGAGGUAGAGUGUCUUCGCAAGGAGAUAGAAGUGGAGAGGGUCCGUGUUCGUUCACAGCUGGACGGCAACAAAGAACAGGUGGAGGUGGAAAAGGCCAGUCUGCAGCAAAAACUGGAAGAGGAGAAGAAGAGACUGGCAGAGAAAGCAGAGGAGGACAGGAAAAGGCUGAAGGAGCAAGUGCGGAGGGCGAUAGAGGAGGUGAUGAGGAGACAUGCAGCGGAGCUCCAGAACGCCCAGGAAGCCCUGAGCUCAGAGAAGAAGACCAACCAAGAGGUGUGCGUGCGUUUGGAAGAGGAGAGGAGAAGCAGUGAGGAGGUACGCAGAGGGCUGGAGAGAGAAAAGGAGGAACUUCAGACGAAGCUGCAGGACGCCACCAAUGAGAUCCGAAGGCUGGAGUCAGCGAUCCAACAGCAAGAAAGUAAAGACAAGGUGGCCCCUGAAGCCCCGCCCACAUGCGGACCACGGUGCUCUCAUUUGGUGGAAGAACUGGAUCAGGCUCAGUGCCGAUUGGCUCGGGUACAGGAGGAGGGAGAGAGGCAGAGGGAGAGGCAACAGAGGGAGAUCGUGUCCCUGAGGGCUGACAAACACAGGCUGGAGGAGAAAGUCCUGGAACAGAGCCGACUGAACACUGAGAGGAGUCUUCUAGAGCAGAGCCAGCGGCACACCGAGGACAGGAUCAGGGCAGAGUGUGAGGAGCGUCUCCGAGCAGAGUUCAGGAUAGAGCUGAAUGCCGCUGUUGCUGAGGGCGAUCAGAGAUGGCAGGAUCGAGAGCAGGAGCUGCAGACCCAAUUAGCUGAGCUGCAGGGCCAGCUAACCGAUCUGCAGUCACAGGUGGAGAAAAAAAGGGCGGGCCUGGGAGAUGAUUGCCAUGGCAACCCCGAGAUUGAAAGGCUGCGGAAGGAGGUCCAAGAGACCAAGGAGAUUAACAAGAAAAUGAGGGAACAGCUGCAGGAGCCCCAAACCCAGUCUUUAGCUGAGGAGAGACACAAUCACGCCAUGGCGCUGCAGGCUUUGGAGAGACAAGCUAAAGAAGACGUGCUGUCUGAGAGGAACAGACUACAGACCCUCCUCCAUCUGCAGCUAGAUAAGCAGCGUGCAGAGUUGACCCAACAGCAUACAGAGUGGAGCAGACAGAUGACCCAGAGACACAUGCAGCAGAUAGAGGACCUACAGGCUGAACUACAGACACACACACAGAUGAUGGCCUUGCAACAGGACCUGAAGCAGCAGAACCAGUGGCAGGUGUUUGAGCGACAGCUGGAUGAGGGUCGCUGUGCUUUGCUGGAGCUGCAGAGGGAGAACACAACUCUGAGGGAGCAACUAAAGGAGAGGCAGAUACAUGAAGAGCCUGAAGGCAAAGAGAAAGAGGGGGACAAAACAGAAACACUAGCGAAGAGAGAUGCCCAGCUGGAGGAGGAAGCACAACGUCUGAAGGAGGAAGUGGAGAAACUGCGGGUGGAGAUGGAGAAGCUGGAGGAGUCCCAGAAGCACUGGGAGGAGAAGAAAGAGGAUGACACAAAAGAAGAGGAGGGGGAGGAGGACAGGAGGAAAGAGGCGGUGGAGGAGAUCAGGAGAGAGCACAAGAAGGAAAUGCAGAGCCUGGUCUCUGAAUACAGCAGUGCCCAGACACACCUGCAGGCUCGCAUAGUGGCCUUAGAGAAGGAGCUGCGUGAGCGGGAAGAGAGGUGCAGGAGGAGAGAGCCUCGAUGUGAUGAUCUGCAGUUGGGGAGGCUUCAGGAGAGACUGACAGAGAGAGACCAGCUUAUCAAACGAUUAAUGGAAGAGAGGCAUCAGCUGCAGCUCCACCCUCCUGUUGCUGGGGACAACAGCACCCUAAGGCGCCGUGACAACAAAUCCCGCCCCGGGAGUGUCACGCCAACCAUGAGGCGUUUGGAGGAGUCUCCUCCUCGUGCCACCAGCAUCCCCAGUGUCGGCGCCUACGACAGGAGCCUCUUCCUGCCCCAGUCCUCCUCUUCUUCCUCUCCCUCCUCCUCCUCGUCCCUCCCCCAGCGUUCCUCCUCCACCCUUCCCCACCCGUCCAGCUCCCACCCCCAGACUUCCCCCCACUACUCCACUUCCUCUCUUCCACAUAAGCACACCUCCCUCUCCCUGAGCCAACAGUCCUCCCCGUCCCUGCCUCGCUCGGCCAGGUCCCGGACCUCCUGCACCCCCGCCACUCCGGCCCCCACCGCCCCCCUCCCCGUCUGCCCCUCCCCGCAAGCUGGCAUUCGCUACGUCUCCCCGUCUUUCCAGGAGUCGCGCUCCUACCUACAGAACCAACCAAUCAGGGGCCCCUAUCUGGAUCAGAGGGGGACAGAGGGGCUAAAACAGGAGUGGUUCACCAAAUACUUCUCCUUCUGAAUGCACACAUACACACGCACACACAGACAUAUACAUACAUACAUACAUGCAGCAGCUGCAAUAACAUUUCAGCAUAUACAGUCCAUUGCUUCUUACACACAUCAGUUUGCUUCCCAUAUGUGCACACAAACACACAGACAAACAGACAUAGCCACAAUAACGGAUAAAUGGGCUCAUCACCAGCAAGGCCAUCUCGAAAACAUUGCCUCAAAGCUAAACCAAAAAGUGCUUCUCAAACACAUGCCUGACCUCCUCUCAGACAUAGCCCUGGAUCUUGUUUGUAUAAUCUGGAAUGCCUCCAUAUCGUUUUAAAGCAGUCUUCCUUUUAUAAAUGCAACUAUCGGUCUAAUCUUAAGACUUGACUCGAAGCAAACUUGUGCAUUUCUUAAACUAACAACGAAGCGUCCUAUGUACGUAUAACAUCUCUCUUCAAGUGUGGAGGCAUUCAGUAUAUCCAAUCAAGGUCCUUCUCAAACGAACAGACAGAAAACACACAUACAUGACUGACCAUACCAAAAUGAAGCUUGU